AUGUUCCUCUUCAAAAAGGCCCAGUUUUCUCUUCCCCGCCGUAUUUUUUCUCGUCUGGCCAUGUCAUCCGCCAUUUCUGUUCUUGCAGACGACCCGAACAUCGCCAAGCCCCUCUUGGACGACAGAAAGUACCGUCUUCUCAAGUUGGACCACUCCAACUUGCACAUUUUGCUAAUCCACGAUCCCACCACCGACCGAGCAGCUGCUUCUUUGGACGUGAAUGUCGGUUCUUUCGCUGAUAGGAAAUACAACGUGGCCGGCUUGGCGCAUUUCUGCGAGCACUUGCUUUUCAUGGGCACGCUGAAGUACCCUGAAGAAAACGAGUACGCCAGUUAUUUGUCCAAACACUCGGGCCACUCCAACGCCUACACCGCGGCAGAACACACCAACUACUACUUUGAGGUCGACUCGGCACACUUGGAAGGGGCGUUGGACCGCUUUGCCCAGUUUUUUAUCUCGCCACUCUUCAGUCGCUCUUGCAAAGACAGAGAGAUCCAGGCAGUGGACUCCGAGAACAAGAAGAACUUGCAGAACGACAUGUGGCGCAUGUACCAGCUCGAUAAGCUGACCAGCAACCCGAAACACCCAUACAAUGGAUUCUCCACUGGCAAUUUCCACACUUUACAAGAAGAGCCGGCUCUGAGAGGAGAAGACGUACGGGACAUCUUGUUGCGCUUCUACAAAAACGAGUACUCGGCCAAUCUCAUGAGCUUGGUUGUGUUGGGAAACGAGUCUUUAGAUGUGCUUGAAAAGUGGGCGGUUGAAAAGUUUUCGCCCGUGGAAAACUCCAAUCUUCCCAGACCAUCUUACGACGAACUAGUCUUCACCGAGGCGCAGAUGGGCAAAAUCACCCGCGCUAAACCUAUCAUGGACACCCGCAAGUUGGAGUUGUCCUUCAUGAUUCCAAAUGACCAGGAAGAAAACUGGAAAUGUCGCCCAAGCGGCUACUUUGCACAUCUUUUGGGCCACGAAAGUAAAGGCUCUGUCUUGCAUUUCUUAAAGACAAAGAACUGGGUUAACGAUCUUCUGGCAGGUGCCAUCAAAGUUUGUCAGGGGAAUUCCUUGCUUAUGAUCGAACUUGAACUCACCCCACUGGGUUUAGACCAUUGGCAGGAUAUUGUCGUGCAUAUUUUCGAGUAUCUCGACAUGGUCAAAAGCUUUGAGCCACAGCAAUGGCUUUGGAAAGAAGAAAGUGCCAUGUCAGAAAUCAAUUUUCGCUUCCGCCAGAAAAUGAGCGCUUCCUCCACUGUGUCUAAAAUGAGCAAUAAAUUGUACCAGUUUAGCAGCGAUGGAUACAUACCGCCUGAAAACUUGUUGGACUCGUCUGUGUUACGUGAGUUCAAUCCUACUGAAAUCUCAAAGUACGGAUCGUACUUGGUUCCUUCCAAUUUGCGUUUAAGUUUAACGUCGCGCGACUUAUUAGGCUUAUCUAGCAAAGAAAAGUGGUACGGAACAGAAUAUCUGUACGAAGACAUUCCCGCUGAGCUCUUGCAGAGAAUACAGUCUCUUGCACUGAACCCGGAGUUACACUUGCCUAAGCAUAAUAGCUUUAUUCCAGAGAACUUCUCUGUGCGCGGUGAGAAAGUGCAAGAGCCGCUAGCACAUCCUUUUUUGAUUAGUGACUCUGCUCAGUUUGAAACGUGGUUCAAGCAAGACGACCAAUUUGGGAUUCCAAAGGGUUAUAUCAACUUGACUGUUCACAUUCCGACAUUGAAUGAAAAUAUAAAAUCUGCUUUGAUGGCCACAUUGUUGAGCGAGUUGAUUGACGACGAGUUGAACGAAAUCGAAUACUAUGCUAGUCUUGUGGGCUUAUCCUUUUCCAUUCACCAAUUCAAAGAUUCGUACUCAUUGAAAGUAGGUGGAUAUAACGACAAGCUUCCAGUUUAUCUCCUGCAAAUUCUUGAGUAUUUUACUUCGUUUACGCCAAAGAAGGACCGUUUUGAGUCGAUAAAGUAUAAAGUCACUCAGGAACUAAAGAACUCGGGCUUUGAAACGCCAUAUUCUCAAAUAGGAACGCACUUUUUGCAGUUUAUCAACGAGAGAACGUACCCAGAUUUGGAGAAGCUAGCCAUAAUCAAUGAAAUCACAUUUGAUCAAAUUGCAGAGUUUGCAAACGGUCUCUGGAAAAAGGGAACUUUUGUUCAGACUUUGAUCAUCGGAAACUUUGAUUAUGCUACUGCAACAGAAGUCGACAAGCUGAUCAAGAAAAACUUUGAGCACAUCAGUCCCAUAAACUCGAGCAAAGACAAGGUAUUAGAAUCCAUAAAGUUUGAGAGUUUUGAGUUGCAAACAGGAGAGAAUGUACGGUAUGUCGUUCCUUUACAAGAUGCCAACAAUAUCAAUUCAUGUUUGGAAUACUUUGUUCGUGUGGGCACUUUGGGCGAAGAAAAUCGCCGGUUGCGUGUUCUUACAGAUUUGUUGGCGGUUAUGAUUCAUGAGCCUUGCUUCAACCAGUUGCGGACAAAAGAGCAGUUAGGAUACGUUGUUUUCUCAGGUUACAGACCGAGCAGAUCGUACUUUGGCUUGCGUGUCCUUGUCCAAUCCGAAAGAGCAUGUGACUAUCUUGAAUAUAGGGUAGUCCAGUUUUUGCGCAAGUUUAAGAAGUCAGUGUUGGGCGACAAGUUGACGGAGGAAGCUUUCAACAAAUACAAACAAGCAUUGAAAAGCAAGAAGUUGACCAAGUUAAAGAACUUGGCCGAGGAGUCUUCGCGUUUCUGGAACCACAUCAACGACGGAUUCUAUGACUUUAUGCAAAAAUCCAAGGACGUCCAGUUGUUGGAAACAAUCACUCCGGAUGAGUUUUUGCAUUUCUUCAACGAGUACUUUGAUGUGGACAACGCUUCGAAAUCGGCACUUUUGACUGUGUAUUUGGAGUCUCAAAAAACGCCCGUGCUUGAACAGAAAAAGUUGUUCACCACAGCUUUGCACAACUUUAUCUAUGAUAAUGACAUUCCAAUCAGCAUUGAUAAUGUGGACGCUUUUGUGGAAGAAGCUGGUCUGGACGUUGCUGCUGUGGCGUCUUUUGUUGAAGAGAAUCUUUCUGAUAAUUCGUUUGACUUCAGCGAGUUGAAAGAUUCUUUCAUCAACGAAAUCACAGAAAGAACUGCAAGAGCUACGCCAGAGUUAUAUCCACGCGGAAAGACGUAUGAGAAGAUCUCUGAUUUCCAGUCCACGCACAAGAAAGGCGGGGCACCAAAACCUGUUGUUCCAUUGUCCACUUACAACUAUGCCAGCGCCCACCUAUAG